GAUGAAGUUCACCUAACUAAAAGCAGAAGACGACGACGCACCUUUUUCUGUGUUCCAGUCACUUGAAUCAAAGCGUUAUCCUCGGUUGCGACGUAUCAAUCACAGAAUGGCAAGCAGUAAAGCAAGCAAGAAGUCCGGUAAGGGAGGAAAGGGCGCUAAGGCAGGAAAGGGCGCUAAGGCAGGAAAAGCGCCAAAGGCAGGUAAAGCUAACAAGAACGUAAAAGCCGACAAGGCUACCAAAGGAAGUACAACUGGGAAAGCAAGGUCUGGGAGUAAGGUCAGCAAGACGAGCAAAGGAAGUGUCACAAGUAAGACGGGCAGUCCAAAGGCAAGCGUUGUAACGAAAGCAAGUACGACAAGUACUACUCCCAAGAGUCCCCCUGCCAGCUCACCAAAGCCACAGUCAAAGUCCCGGUCGACUUCGAGGAUAAGGUCAAGUUCUGGCCACGUAUCGAGGAUGUCCGAGAUCGGAUCGUUCAUUACGGUCUCCCUCAUGUGCAUUGCAUUCAUCCUGCUGCUGGUUUCUCUCUUGCUGUUCAUUUUUCACAACAUGCUCAGAGAAGAAACCAUAGAGCACUUCAGAUGCCCGAGGCCAAUCCAGCUGCUCGUCCGUCGGAACGAACGUUCCCCGGAGACGUACAUGAUAUCGCUGCACAAUGCGACAUGCGACUAUGAUUUCCGUCAGGCCUGGUACCGCUUCGAUAGCCCCAACGGGAACAUGCGCAUGCCUGAGCGACCGAUGCUUCCAGGCAUGUGCAAUACCGGCGUUCCUUUCUGGUUCCUAGGUACCCACCCGCAGAACAUGAGCCUCCCGAUGCCUGCGAUUGCAUGCGGUACGCUGGACAAUGAUGGCUGUAAAUUCUAUGCCAACAUCCGGGUCCAGAACUGUGGCACUUACAUGGCAUACUAUCUGCAGCCACUGCCAAAGUGUUACAUGGCUUACUGCAUGGAGGAUUUCCUCGCAGAAGAUGAACAGCCGGAUGGAGGCGAUCAAGAUAAGGCAAACAGCGGCACCGGCGCAAACACCACUGAACAGAACCCGCUAACUUUUCCUUGAGAAUGAAGUCACUCGGCAUCUUGCGAGUACAAUAAAAUCAAGUUUGGACCAAUGACAGCGUCUAGUACGCUGUCACAAAGCAGUAA